AUGGUUUCGGGAUCCUCGCCUGAGGGCAUUGUGGCCCACAUGAACAAGUCGCACAAAAUCGCGCUUGAAGACUACCUGUUUGCAUAUGGCCACGUCCGUAUGGAUGAGAAGAUCGCACAUGUAAGACUCGAGUCCAUCAGCCUGACGCAUAUGACUAUACUAUUCAACCACUUCGAUGUUGAGUUCGAGAUAGAGAAGGUUAUCCUAUUUGAACCACCGCUGAAGGAGUGGUCUGAGGCCCGUCCGCGUCUUGCUGAAAUGGCCAAGGCUGCGGCUAAGAAACGCGGCUAUUCACACGUUCAGGUCAACGAAAUGAGCUACCCCAACAGUUUAGUGGACUACGUGAUAGUGCUUUUCGUCUUCUUUCCUCUGGCAUGCUACAUGCGUCGCGACCUACUGAACUACGUCCCAUUUGUUGGACCCUAUUUUGACAACGACGCCCUGCUUUUAGGUAUCCAAUUAGCAGCAUUCGCUAUUCACUUUUUGGAGUGCAUCUUCCUCCUGAAACCUAAGCUUGACUUCUACAGAGUGCCAACGGAUUUCCUCAUUGAAUGGUACCUCUUUGGCAUGCUGGAAGGGUAUGGCCCCGUCAGGAGAUUUGACGAGCUGGCAAAGGGAAAGGUGCAUUAA